ACUCCUCUUUUUUGCCCCCAGUAUAAACUUAGUAACCCUUUUAUUUGUCUAGGUCAGUAAACUCUUUGUUCUUUUAAUAGAAACGAUGACUUUUAUUGGGAUAAAAAUGAAAGAAUACAAGGACCUACAAAAACCAGACCCACAAAAGAGAGGGAGGAAAUCCUCUAAAUGAGGGAUAGCUAUAGAAAAUAGAGCCUACAGAAGAGUUACAAAAGGUCUUUGAAACUGUAUACCAAUGAUAUCUAUCAAGUGACCAAACCUCAAAAGAAUUCCUCUCUAGUCCCCUAACAUCUUGUUAUUCUGUUCUCUCUGUAGAACCCAAAGAACAGCACACACUCCCAUAAAACCCAAGUAAACAUUUUGGUGAGCAUUUCCUUUUUAAUGUUUUUCCAUAUGUGGUACACACAGGCUUCUUUUGUCAGAUGACUAUUAGUUUGUUUUGACGGCCGAAAGAGGUGGAAUAAUGGUUUUUUGCUCUCACUUUUGGUCUCGUCCAAUUUCUUGGUGUCAUUAGCCCUAUUAUUUGGCCUCUCUAAUAUAGUUUGUUAGGGUUUCUAAUGUUUACUUGUAGUUUCUUGGUCCUCCACUCUUUACCGUGUGCUUUUUCUAGUUGUUUUGCCACAUAAAUUUACGUUUAAAAUUAUAUUACAUUGUGACGCUAAUGGCUGUCAAGUUGUUUUGACAACUGGAAGCUUACAUGAUGUAGUAUGCCUAGGGUAAAUUAGGAUAUCUUGGUCAAAUCUGUACUUGAUUUGGUUUAGGAUUAGUUUCCUUGAUUGAUUAGGAUUAGGAUUAGGAUUAGUUUUCUUGGUUUAUUAGGAUUAGAAUUAGUUUCUUUGAUUGAUUAGGAUUAGGAUUACUUUGCUUUCUAAUCCUCUGUAAAUAGAAGGAUUGUCUUCAUAGAACCCAAGGACACAGAUGUACAACCUAUAGAAUAGAUCCUGUUCAAGUAAAGUCGUAAAGAUUGUCUUCAUAUAUUGAUAACUUUUGACUGAUAAUAAAAGCUUUGAUCUGAUUCUUGGAGAGAGUUUUCCUUUUAUGUCUUAAGCUACAUCAUUACAAAUCGCUUGUCAUGUCCAUUGGGCUCUCUUUAGUUCAGUGGUUUAUCAUUUGAAGCAUGUCCAUUGAGCUCUCUUUAGUUUCAUUUGAUUAGAAAUUGCGUUUUCCAAGCCCACCAACUAAGAAAACCCAAAACCGUUCUUAGGAACGAAUUUCAACUGAAAGAAUAAUGUCAAGCUGAUAGGUAUAAGAAUAAUGGAUGCCCACAAAUGAGUUAAAUGUAGUCGUCCCAGAGCUCUUUACCACUCAACCUUUAUAAAGAUCAUGCUAUUCUUCUCAAGCCAAAUGCCCUCGAAAUGACAAGAAAACAAGCUCAGGACAAGACUCUUCCUUUGUCACAAAAAGGAGGGUUCAGGAGCACCUUCUCAAUCAUGGAACAACAUCCAUUGCUACAUGCCAUAACAACCUCAAAGAUUAUGAAAAAUUGACACCAAAGGAAGCAUACAUAAAGGCAAUUUCGUUGAUGGUUGAGGUCCUACUCUUGCCUAGUGUAAAGAACACACCAUUGCAGUUGCAGUACAAAAGAGGAGGCUUUGGAGGGUUCUUGAGUGUUCACUUUCCCAUGCGAAACAUGUAAGCCAAAGAAUAGGAAUUUUAACUUUCCAUAGGGAGGAGAAUGGAAAGGCUCCUGGCGCAAAGGAUAUGGAAAAAAGAAAGGAAGUUUCAUAAGGCUUCCGAAACCAAAGCCUUGAAUCCCUUCUCCCAUGACAAGUCAUUUGGUCACGAAUAAUAGGAAGGAGAUGAACAACCUCAACGGCAUCUCAGUAAGUGAGGGAGUGGUGGAAACUCAGGAAAAGGAGUUAUUAAAAGAGGCAAAAUAGUGGUUGCAAGCCAAGGAAAAGCAAGGAGUUAUUAAAAGAUGGCACAAUAGUGGUUGCAAACCCAGGAAAAGCAAGGAGUUAUUAAAAUGGGGCAAAACAGUGGUUGGCUACAAACCCAGGAAAGACAAGGAGUUAUUAAAAGAGGGCAAAACAGUGGUUACUGAAUGCAUCCUCUUAUCAGAAAAAUGAUAAAGAUUUGGAAACAAGGCACAUAGGGGUCUCUCUCCAACCCACAAAUCUUUUCAAAGAUAGGUAUUCGAACGGUCCCCAAUAGAACACUUAACAAACUAGGAGAAUAAGGGAAAACUAGAAGAAAAACAGAUUUAAGGUGUGUUUGGUUUAACUUUUCAAGUGUUUAAUUUUGAAAGUAGUCAUUUUAGAAAAAUUGAAAUAUUUGUCAACCACUCAAAUUAGCUUUUAAAACACUUUUAAAGUGUAUUUUAAACAUUUUUUUUUUUAUCCAAAGAGUUAAAAAAAAUGACUUUUUUGAAAAACACUUUUUUUUUAGUCAAUCCAAACGAACCCUUGAGGUUUUUGCUAGAAACCUUAAGCCUACUACUUGAAACUCAUUCAAAAGGGUAUCCAUACUUGCUCACAAUAAUCUUCCACUACAGAGUAUUAGACUCUGUAAAGAGAUUUCCAUAACCAUUUUGCCAGAACCUCAUUACCUAAUCAUAAGUUCCUGAUGCGAAACUCUCGACCUCAAUUAGCUUCAAAACAGCCUCCCACUUGACCAAGGGAACCAUCCUCCAUAUUUUUCUACAAGAAGUCCCCAUUAACUUUUCAAUGUUCUAUUAACUGACUAAUUGAAGAUCAUAAAGGUUCAUUUUCUCUCUCAAUUCAUUUUUCUUCUGUCCAAUACUAGUUUUUGGGUUACCAAUGUUUAUGGGCCAAUUGAUUACCAAGAAAGAUCCUUGUUGUGGACUGAAAUUCAUUCUUUAUCCAUUCUUUGCUGUGGUUCUUGGUGUAUUGGAGGAGACUUUAAUGUUAUUUGUUGGAUGCAUGAAAGAAUCCCAAUUGGUAGUCUCAAGAAGUAUGCUCCAGUUCAACAAAGUAAUUGACAAUCUAAGCUUGGUGGAGCUUCCCUUAUCUAAUGGUGAUUUUUCUUGGUCAAGAUCAGAGGGCUGCACUGUGUUCACUCUUUAUUGGAUCAGUUCUUAAUUUCUGAAGAUUACUCCAAGGAACUACAAGCUCUUUAUUUUGCCAAAGGAGAAUUUAAGGACUUAUAUAGUUGAAAAACGGAUUUUAAUACAAAAAUGCAAGCUGCAGUAGUUAAAAGAAAGGAAUGCCAUUUCUGGUUAUUUUUAUCGUUACUUGGCAACAAAGUUGGAAAGCAGUGCACACUUUGGGUAAAACAAAGCCCCCAGUCCUGAUGGCUUUACAGCCGAAUUCUUCAUCAAGUUUUGGGAUCGUUGCAAAGAGGACUUUGCGAUGUAGUUCUUUGAGAGUUUCACAGCCGAGCCUCAACACAGCUGGUGUUCUUUAGAAAAAAUUAGCUAAUUCUUGCCUUCGGCCAUCAAUUUGAUUUCUAUGUCAUUUGAAUGUGGAAAGCUACAACUAUAUUUUUUUUUAACUUGCCCUUUCUCAUUUACAUGCUGGUGCAAGCUUCUUAAUUUAUUCAGAUUAUCUUGGGUUUUUGACUCAAGUGUUGAAAAUAACUUCAGCUGCGUGAGGGACCUUUUUUAGUAUGGUCACACCUUAUUUGGAUAAAUGCUGUGAAAGCCUUGCUGUCAGGAUUGUGGUUGGAAAGAAAUCUGAGAAUUUUUUAAGAAAAGUAUUGUUCUAGCUCAGUCGUCCUUGCUGUAGUUCGCCUUAAUGCCUCUCUUUGGUGCUUUCUUACUACAUCCUUUUCUUGCUACUCUGUUCAGGGCAUUGAUCUCAACUGGUAGGUUCCAUUCCUUUAUUAGUUUGAAUUUGUACAUUCUUGAUGUGAUUUUUAGUUAUAGAAUUGUUCCAAUUAUGUUUUGCUUGAUGUUUUGUCUAUUCUUUACGUUUCGCUCUCCUCGGUGGAGUUUUGUAUCUAUCGAGUAUUAGUAUCUUUUCAUUGAAUUUCAUCAAUGAAAAAUUGUCUCUUGUUCAAAAAAAAAAAAGUUGACUAGCAUUCUAAAAAGGGAAAGAUAAUAUUAUUUAUCCAGUGGUUCAAAUAAGAGAGAUAAUAUUGUCGAAAUUUACCAAUUGAAUUUAUCCACUGAUAUUUUGUUUCAGUAUACAGGUGUUGUAUUUAUGCACAAAGCACUGGGAGGUUACGAAGACUAACUAACAAUAGAAUAUUAAUAUAGGUACAAUUAGCUAAAAGCCUAAAUUAACUGAUAUUCUCCAAUAUGCCCGGUAAUGUACAAAAGAACAACGGGGGCCUAAACAAGAAGUUGAAUAGAGAAGUAAACUCUUUACGAAGUAGUUGGGAAAAAAACCCUAUAGCAAGUAGAAGUAUUAGAGAUCAGGGCUUGGCGGUUUCUCUAUGUUAGUGCUUUCGUGGAAUGUUUGGGGUUUUAAUGCUUACCUCAAAAGAGAUCUGGUCAAAGAUCUGCUAGCAAAUUUAAUCCAGAUGUGGUCAUUCUCCAGGAAACAAAACGUAGUGACAUAGAUAGGAAAAUUGUUUAGUCCAUUUGGAGUAGUCAUCGAAUUGGGUAGGUGGUUGCGAGUGCCAUUGAUUUGUUUGGGGGAAUUCUGAUUAUGUGAAAAGUGUUAUGAUAUGUAUUUAUUAACAUGUAUUUAUAUUGUAAAUUUAAUUAGGUAUCCUUGAUUGUAAUUUCAUAUCUCCUAGACUAGGGUUUCUUAAUUACCUAUAUAUAUGUAUCUUUAGUCUGAUUAAGUGAAUAAGAAUUAUCAUUCUCUCUAAACGUCUGAGUACAUGGUAUCAAAGACAUCUAGGGUUUAGAAUAUUUGUUCGACGGCUAUGCUAGGGUUUACGCUUCUCACAAGGUUAGGGUUUGAGUUGAGUCAUCAAGUUUUGAGUGGCUGUUUGUCUCACCACCCAUCCCAGGAGAAGCGCUGCCACCAUCCGAUCAAGUCUGUAGCCGUUCGUCACUGGAAACAGCUGCGCAUGGAACUCACACGCCGCCAAAAUAGUAGUCUUCCGUUGCCAUGCGCUGGCACGUGGGAACGCGUGGAGCUUCGUCUCCACUUUCAACCAGUUGGGUUCUUCUCGGCUCGUCAUUUCUGAUCACUCUGUGUGUUUGUUUUCAUCGAAAUCUGCUUGGUUGUGAGUUAUUUGGAUAAAAUACCUGUUUGUGUUUAGGUUUUGUUGCUGUUUUGUUCAGCUUGGAGUAGUUUUGCUCUUUUGUUUGUCUUUGAUUUCGAUUUUGGUUUGUUCUUUCUACUUGUGAGGUCUACAAAUUACUUGUUAGCUCAUAAUGGAUGAAGUGAAGCAUAUGGUCGUCUCUAAUGUAAUUCCCUUGGCAUCGAAGAUAACUAAACACAAAUUAAAUGGAUCAAAUUACUAUGAUUGGCGUCGAACGAUUCAGUUUUACUUGUUUAGUACAAAUAUGGAUGAUCAUGUGAUGGAGGAACCACUGAAAGAUGAAAAGAAAAAGGCUUGGCUUCAUGAUGACGCUCGACUUUAUCUUCAAAUUAAGAAUUCUAUUGAGAGUGAGGUUGUUGGUUUGGUAGAUCAUUGUGAUUUUGUGAAAGAACUCUUAGAAUUCUUAGAAUUUCUGUACUCUGGAAAAGAACAUGUUUAUAGAAUGUUUGAUGUCUAUAUGCAAUUCUUUCGAGUGGAACAGAAAGUAGAAUUUGUUACAAGUUAUUUUAUGAGACUUAAGAAAACAGCUGCUGAACUUGCCUUAUUGUUGCCAUAUAGUCUCGAUGUCAAAGUUCAACAAGCUCAGCGAGAAAAGAUGACUGUUAUGAUAUUUUUGAAUGGACUUUCCCUUGAGUUUGGAAUGGCUAAAACACAGAUUCUUUCUGACUCUGAAAUUCCAUCAUUAGAAGAAGCCUUCAGUCGUGUUCUUUGUAUUGAGAGUUCUUAGUUAAGUUCGUAUGUUUCUCAACCGAACAGUGUCCUUAUAAGUAAGAAUAAUAAUACCUUCCGUGGCACUUCAGGGACAGCUAACUACUUUCAAAAACCUAGUUAUGAUAAUCAGAAAU